CCGCCAGGCUCCGCCUCCUCCCGCUGCUCUGUCAUCCACACCGCCAUUUCUUUCAGCCAUUUUACCGUUGAGCGUCGGUACACAGGCGACCGGAGGACGUCGAGACAGCGCCGUUAAAAGACUGCAGUCAUGGCUGAUGUGGCGCGCGGCCCUGUGGUCAGCAGGCCGUUGGCAUUUGCCACUGAGCAGCAGAGGGCAGUCCACUCCUGGUCGCGGAUCUCCUCAGCGGGGCAAAGUGUCCUCCUGGAUGCACUGAAGAUUCUUGGCCCUAUGUCAUGUAACCUCUCCAGCACAGAGGAACUGGUUACCUUCUUGCAGGAGCUCAGUGAUGAGGGCCACAAGCCCACUGUUCUACUUAGCAAGGACGUGUACCAGUAUCGCUCCUGCACAAGUCAGCCUCUGACUGAAGACAUGCUGAAACCAACUGACAGGAAUAUCAGACCCACUGCAAGGAGGAGGGGAAAGAAGCCCCCAGCAAAGAAGAAGGAAGUGCACCCAUCUUGGAACACCUCUGGGAGAAGCAACCCCAGAAUUCAAGGGAUCUGCCCACCAGAGCUGCUGGUGGACCAUCACUCCGUCGUUCGCAGCAGGACACCUAGUUGGACUACAGAGACUUCGCAGUUGCUGCCGAUGCAGCCAUGCCUCAGACUGACCAACAUUGAAGGACAGUCUUCCUGCCACACUGCCAGACUUGCCAUCCACACCAACUGGGACUCCUGUGAUUCACCGCUUGCUGUCUUUUCACAGCAGCAGCACCCUGCAAUGCUUUCAGGAAUACCGUUGCAGCCUUCUCAGAAUGGCGGCGGGGCGCCCACUCGAGCCGUGGCCUUGUUCAGCCAGAGGAGUCUAUCUUGCCCCGUCCGUUUGGAUGGUGCACUAAUUGGGGAUUCUGCGCCGGUUUUCUAUGCCAACGGCAAGGCUUUCCCACAAACUCACACUGAACUGACCAGCAAAGGCUGGAGAGGCAAUGGAUUUCAGUGGGCCCGUGGUGGGCCAAAGGAACCAAACAACUUGACGAGACAGAGAAAUGGCUGGAAGGAAAAGAACAGAUUAAGGUGGAAAGUGAUCAAGGUUGAUGACUCUCGCUCGGUGGCUGAGGCCCGGAGGAAAGCGCAGAAGAUCCUCCAGGUCAAUUUGUCUCCAGUGAUCCAGAUCCAGCCUCUCAACCAUGUUCUGAGAGACUUCAGAUACCAGAAUAAGUGACAGUUUUACCAAGUUUCAAACUUCCCCUGUCAUUUAGCAAAUGUUGGUGUUUCUCAUCCAUUAGCCUUUCCUUGAUGCCCCCCCGCCCUCAGUGUCCACAGUAGAUGUUUUAAGUGGUUUUCCGUCAUCACCGUUGGCUGUUGUAGAUGGGGUGAGAAAGAUGAUGCCUUUCCUAGCAGACUGGGGAAACGACUAUUUGCUAGCCAAAUGCUGCUAACUCUGGUUACCCUGUAAAACACGCUGUUGGGUUUCAAGUGGACCUGUUGCAUGAGAAGGUUGCUGUUGAAUCUUGAGAUCCAUCCAUAUUGGUCAUUGGGUCAGAGGUGAAUUUUCCUGCCCCCAAGCAGCAGUCUUAAAUUUCCACAAAAUUUGGGGGAUUGUUUGGAGAGUAUUUGAACCUGAGUGUUUUUUGUUUAGCUUUGAAAACACCUCUGCAGUGCCUCCUGGUGUCCACUAGUGAUAAGAAAAUGAACGUUAUCAAUGAGAUGAAAAGAUAGCAAUGGUUGGUUACAUUAACUGGUCACCCAGUGGUUUCCUGUCUUCAGAUUUCAGAUGUGGUCACAUUUGGGGGUUUUGCUGCCCUCUGUGGCUUGUUUCUGCCAUUCCAGGAAAAGGAAGUUAGGAGAAAAUCAGUUUUUAUUUUGUUUGGGGAUUUUGUUAAAUAUAUAUUUGUGUUGCAUUUCCACUAGAAACCAGCAGUGAUGUGGUUCUGAAGCAUGACAUCAAAUUAUGCCCACGUGACGGUAUGCGCAUUUGAGCUGGUUCAGCUAUGGUCAUAAACAUUCACAAACUUUUCUUUACUUCAGUGCAGCACAUGAGUAUUUUGGACUGAUAACAGCAACAGAUCAUCUGCAAAAAAGUUCACCUUCGUUGGCUUUACACAGGUUCUACCAGGUUUACUGGUUCUGAGAGUUCAGACAAAAACCACUGGCAACUCAAAAAUUGUAGCACUAAAGUCCCGAAUCGCUUUGGAAAAAGUUAAAUUAGGACAAAAUGGCCAAAAUUUAUUUCUAUGGCUUAAGAAAAUUAGUAAGUUACUUAGUUUUUUAAAUGCAAUUUCUGAACAGUGAUGGCUUAGAAACUCUUGUUCGUACAUUAAAAUUCUGUAAAGUUAACGUACAUUUAUUUCAUACACUGGGCGCCUCUUUAAUUUUUGAGUCUGAUUUAUUUUGCGCCAGAUAAAUUGGCAAGCUAAAAAAUGGCAAGUAGCUUGUUUAAGCUAGAAUUUUGUUGGGGAAUCUGAGUGAAUUUCGUGAAGUAUUACAAGUCAAUUUAUGUUAUUGCCCAACUACACCCCAUCUUUUCUUGAUACUGCUGAGCUUUGAUACUACAGAAGUAAAUCAUGUACAAAAUGACAUGUUGGCUUGUAAUAUGAAGUCAUGUUCUGGCAAAGUGCAACAGCUCCAAAAACUCAUGAAUAUAGUUUGAAAAAGUUAUAAGGCAAAUGUGUUUUGAGCAGCCUCUGUUCGUAAAAUUAUAAUUUCCUGCAAUGUGUAGAAAAUAAAAGUUCUCUAAACUUGGGGUUUGUCUGAGUACUUCACAGUGCUAACUUAAGUUUUUUUUUGGGGGGGGGGGCACCUAAAACAACUAGCGCAGGACAGAACUAGCGCAUCCUGUCACACCUGUCUUUUUGUCUGCCGCUCCAGAUUUAAAUUGUAUUUGAAUAGUAACUCCAUACUGUAUCACAUGAGCUGCUGCCCUCUGCAGGAUGGGAUGCCAAACCACAUUUCAGCAUUAUUGGAAAAGGAACCACAAAAACUAUUUUCCAUGUUAGUCUAGUUUUUGAAAAGCUUCUCUGUAUUCCCCUAAAAUAUCUGUAGAAACUUUCAGGUUAACUCACACACCCUGAAAGAAACGAGCAUUCCACUGCAUCCAGAAAGGCUAAGACACUAGUUGACAGUGUGUCGUACCGGAGCCAAGAUACUAGCUGGAUCAGCAACAGAACCCGUCUGUUAUCAGAAAACUAGAGUGCACCCAGAGUGGUCAGUUCUCAGUCUUCUAACCCUCAGACCUUAGAUCUACAAACGCUUUGAGUAAUUCAUCAGUGAUCCUGGAUUACCGUCUGGUGGGAAAUUUGAUGGACUCUGUGUUGACAGACGGUCGCCCCUCCACUAAAUGUCCUUGAAACCUGCACAUGAACACCACUUCAGAAAACCAGGUCCUGCAGUCAGAAUAAGAGCCGCUGGUCUGUGUUGCUGGUUGAGACUGGUUCUGGACAGGGCUGAGGCGGGUUUAAUCACCUGAUACUGUGGCUGGGUUUGAAACCGGUUUGACACCACUGGUUUGGGACGGCAGAAAUUUUUGAGUGAUGGUGUUUGAUGUUUGAAUUUUCACAAAGUUCACUUCUGGAAGUGUGUCUGUGCAGUUGUGUACAUCCCCGCCUACGAUUCCCUGGACUUUUUCUGUUGGUCUUGUUUGCAGAACACUUGUAUGAUAUUGUAUUUCCUACAGUUGUUAAACUUUUUUUUUGUGCUGAAUAAAAAUGAUGAAACUA